CGUCAGCGAGGUGGAUUAACGAAUUGUACAGUAGAAGUGUGUGUGUUUCCUUCAGUAGAAGUGUGUGUGUGUGUGUGUGUGUGUGUGUGUGUGUGUGUUGAAGUUUAGUUCCUCGCGCUUUUCGGUUACUGUACAAGCUGCGAUGAGGCGCGCGCAGCGGACUAAAUACCAGCUGCCCCCCUGCUACUAUCAGGGAUUUCUGGAAAAGAGGUCGUUUAAGGAUAAAGUUGGUCGCAGGCUUUGGGCUGCAUUGUGUGGGAACGCUCUGUUCUUCUACAACGACAGCAAGGACAAUCAUUAUGUGGAAAAGCAGGAUCUGUCAACCUUUAUCUCUCUGACUGAUGACUUCACUCUCGAUCGGAAACUUGACUCAGCGAGACUCCAUCUGCGCUUAAAAGACGAUGACAUCUACCUCACGGCUCCAAGUCUAGAAGCCCGUGAGCUGUGGAAAGGCUUCAUCUUAUCCGUGGCUAAGCUGGAAGUGCCUACCUCCCUCAACCUGCUGCCUGGUCAGAUUCACAUGCUAAAAGAAGCCGUGGAAAAAGAGACUGAGAGACGCAAAGACAUCGCUGAAAAAGAUGCAGUACCUAAGACAGAACCUGACAAUUACGUGUCCCUACAGCCCGAAAUGCCAGUGUGCUUUCACAGGGUGUUCCGAGAUGAUGCCGAGACCCUUUUGGAAAAGCACAAAGGAAAAGGAAACUUGCUGCUCAGACCCAGCCGAGAUGGAAACUCUUUUGCUGUUACUACUCGGCAGGACUUCAACGGGUCAGUUUUCCGACAUUACCGAGUUACACGGAUCCCUGAGGGAGGAUUUGCCAUUGCUAUUGACAAACCAAUUCCUUGCCCCACACUCCAUGAUGUGAUAAACUAUCUGAUGGAGAAGACUGGAGGAGUUUUCAAGCCCUUGAUUCUGGAGCAGACAUACGAAAAAAACAUCGAGUAUGUAGAGGACAAUAAGGAGAAUGGAGAGAAGAAUGUGCGCUAUGCAUCUAGCAGCCCUGUGCCCCAUAAAAAACCCCCCAAACCAGUUCCAAGGCAGAAAUAUCAGAAAAAUGAAAGCAUCUACCUAAACUCCUCCGAUGAGGAAGAGGACCCUGUUGAUGAAAGUCCAGCAAUUCCUCCUCGGGCCCCAGUGAAACCUUUGGUGCAGCAGACGUCUAUGCCUGACCUGCUGAUAGGUCCAAACGGCGCUUUGCUUCCACCAGCCAGGUACCAACACCAUGCCUCAUUGACCUCCGAACCAAACCCAAAACCUCCAGGACCUCCAGGACCUCCAGGACGUGCCGCAGAAAGUCUUUCUGACAGUUUAAAUGAAGAACUAAAGCAAAAGUUGAAAAUGAGACUUGUUUCAGAUUGACCUCUGACCCCUGGCCAACCAGCUUGUCUAAAAAAUGAGUGAAGGAAUAAAAAAACAAAUGAAGGAGCCGUUCAGUGAAAAUCUCUGCAAAAUUGAGCCAUUUUUCUCCAGUGUAAUAUAUUCCUCCAUUCACAACCAAAAUGUACGUUUGGAAGAGACUAAUGACCUGUGAGAGUGUGUGUGUGUGUGUGUGUGUGUGUUGUCCAGCUGGCUGGAUGCUUGUGAAGCAUCUUGAAGAUGAACAGCUUAUUGAUCCUGUGCUGUAGUUGUUACCAUCACUCAAGUGUAAAUCAGGAAGUAACAGGAUGUAAAAGCGUGUACUUGCCACUUUACCGUCUGUGUCUGACAUCCGUUCUGACAGUAAAUCAGUGUAUAGCAUUUUUGCUAAUCAAAAUCUAAUUUUCUGUAUAGCAUUAUUGCUAAUGUUUUUCUCUUGCAUUUGAUGUCUUCUUUAUAACCUAGUUCCUAAUUUAUAACCAGUAUUCUAAUUUAGAGUAAAUAUAUAUUUUUUAAUUUUCAGUAAAUAAUCUUUAUCAGCUUCUUCAUGACUACAGCGACUAAUCAUUUGGUUGUAUUUGUAAUAGAUGGUGUAAUACAUUAAGCGCAAUAAAGCACAACAGGAUUCUUUAAAAUGCAAAGAAUUUCUAUCUUUGCUCUUAUACUGAUUUCUAUGAGAAGCACAAUAAAUGCAAAUAAAUAACUAUAUCAAACAGA